UGCGAACCAAACACGGGCUAUGUCCAUCACAACCUAGUUAUCGGUGGCCGUGUCGGCACUGCUCUUUUCCCAUCGCCAUAUGGUCACCUGUCAAUCUGUGUAGAGCGGUCUUCCUUAUCUGCGUGCAGUUUUCUGAUCCCGCGGCUCGAACGAACAGAAAGCACCAGUAGCACAUAGUAUACCGUCAUACCCAUGCUCGUUCAUGCUGGGCCACCAUGAUUAAUCAUCCAUACGGCGCCCCGUCGAGUUACAUGUAUGCUAAUGUGGACGACGGUUAUAGUCAGGUCUCUCAUGUGUCGCCUCCCCCAGAUCGCCUCUAUAGCUUCAUCCCGAGGUUGUCAGUUGAUUCUAUGCCCUGGUACGGGGCAACUGAGUACUCGGGUACAACUUCAAAUAGAGACUAUGACCAACGAGAUUCUUUGCCAAAUCGAUGGACACCUCGGGAACGUGCUUGGCGGUUUUUUAGAGGAGUGCAGUCGAAAGUGAGGAGUAGAUGGCGACCGCUUCAUUUACGAUCCCUGUUUUUACGCCCUUGUCACUAUCAUGUCCGUGAUGACCCAGAUAUAUAUAUCUAGUUAUUUAACGAUGUUCUCAAACUUCUAGCCUCAACUGUACUCAAACAUCUUUUUGUUGUUUUGCCCUGCUAUGCCUCGCUGCUCAGCGAUUACCAUUGCUGCUUUUCUCCUAUUUACCGGAUGUCGGUCCCUUCGAAGUUCCAACACUGUUCUAGGUAAUUUCAAGAGAUUUCUCAAAUGACAGAUGCUUCAGUUAGAGGGCCAGUUGAACUAUAAACUAGUCUCCUGAUUAUUUUCACCGUUCUUGCAUGUUGUACAUGCCAUCCUGGAAAGAAGAAAAGGUGCAGGUGCAGACAGGCAUGCCAUUGUGAUCGACAAUGUUCAUAUCGGCUGUCCUCGACUUAGUACAUGCGUUAGACCUCGAACCUAGUAUAUAUACGUAGAGGGCACUGUGCAUAGGCUUGUAUGACGUAAUAAUAGUCCUUGGAUUCUGCUCC